AUGGUCUUGGUUGUUGAAGGUAUCAGAGGUCCACCAGGUUUACCAGGACCAAGAGGUCCACCUGGUGCAAAAGGUGCUACAAAAAUAGGCCCUCCGGGCAUGUGUGGACCACCCGGACAACCAGGAAUAGCAGGACUAUCUUAUGCAGGACAACCAGGAAUACCAGGAACACCAGGAAUAACGGGUGAAAGAGGAAUUUGCGGGUCAACCGGUGAUAUAGGACCUCAAGGAGAAGCAGGACCCCAUGGAUCCCCCGGACCUAUUGGUCCUCCUGGAAGUAGAACAAUAGCCAUGGAUGGUGAGGCAGGUCCACAGGGCCUUCCAGGAUCUCCAGGACCACAUGGUGAACGAGGAAUCAUUGGAGAACCAGGAGAUCCAGGUCAGUGUGGAGAAAAAGGUCUACCAGGAAUUCCCGGUAUUCAUGGUAUUUCAGGAGAGAAAGGUGAAAAUGGAGAACAUGGUAGACCUGGAGUUACUGGCCUGUCUGGUGAAAGAGGUGCAGAGGGGCCACCUGGUAUAUCAAUUGCAAUGCCAGGAGCAGACGGCAAACCAGGGCUUGUGGGGCUUCCUGGGAGCAUUGGGUCUCCGGGUCCAGAAGGUGUGCCAGGUAUUCCUGGAAACCCAGCUAUUGGAAAACCAGGUUUACCAGGCCUUAAAGGUGAACCUGGCCCCAGAGGUAUGGAUGGCCUUGCUGGCGAGAAGGGAGUUCGAGGAAUAGAUGGAGAAACUGGUAUUGCAGGAUCCACAGGGUUAUCUGGGUCAAUUGGACCAGCAGGUCUGCCUGGUACUCCAGGUGAAGACGGGAAUCCAGGACCACCAGGCGAACCUGGCUACAUAGGCCAGCCAGGAAUUCCUGGAUUACAAGGUGAUGAAGGACUAACAGGUGCUCCAGGAAAGUCAGGAAUUCUAGGAGAAGAAGGUAUCCCAGGAUUACAAGGAAAUGAAGGGCCACCUGGCCCACAAGGAGAUAGAGGACCCGCAGGUAGAACUGGUGAAAUGGGUGUACAAGGCAUUCCUGGUCUCCAAGGGCCACUGGGGAUUCAAGGUAAUUAUGGAGAAAGGGGACCUGCUGGCAAUAUAGGUGAACAAGGUCCAAAUGGGACUCGUGGUCCUCCAGGACAGAAAGGCAUGAGAGGAGAUCCAGGAAGACGAGGUCCACCAGGCCGUUCCCGCCCUUUCACCUCUGGGACCCUUUUGAGAGAAGAUAUGGAAACGUCCAGUGAUGCAGAGCUGCGGGGACCUCCAGGCAUCCCUGGUCCACCAGGCCCACCAGGUUCACUUGGACCCCCAGGCCCAGCAGGAGAAACUGUAAUCCAAUCAAUGCCAAAUCCUGAUCAAGGUUUUAAAGCCAUUCUCUCUACACCAUAUCCUACAACAGGAAUGCCAAUAGUUUUUGACCAAAUACUGUACAAUCAAGCCAAUGUCUACGAUCCAAAAACAGGAGUUUUUACAUGUCAGGUACCAGGCAUCUACUAUUUCUCCUAUCACCUCCAUGUCAAAGGCAAAAGUGUUCAGGUUGCAUUGUAUAAAAAUGGUGAACCGAUUCUAUACACAUUUGAUGACUACAAUGAAAAGAAGAUUGAUCAAGCCUCAGGCAGUGCUGUGUUACAGCUACAGGAAAUAGAUAAAAUAUACUUACAGUUGCCCUUCGAACAGUUUAAUGGAUUAUAUUCCUCUGAUAAAAUGCAAUCAUCCUUCUCAGGAUUUCUGGUUCACCAAACAAAUUCAUUGUCAUAG